AGAAAAUAUAUAUAAUUGUCCUGUCUAAUUUGCUCCAAAAUACUGUAACGACCCUGGGCAUGCUUUUGCGGCACAGUCGAUAGCGCGCCGGACCUCGGGCUCGCUCCCUGCCUGUUUCAUUACUUUGGUGUCAGAAGUGAUCGGACCUUGCAUCCACGACAGUGCGUGUGUUUGGCCUGUGAGCGCGUUCCUGUAAAACGUGGAGUCGGAAACUAGCGUGAGGAAGCGCUGAAAGGAGGGAGUAGUGGGUUUAUAAAGCGCGGAAAUCGAACCUGCCGUACGAGCAUGCUUUUGCAGCACAGUCGAUAGCGCGCCGGACCUCGGGCUCGAAGGUCGAUGGUUCGAGACCUGCUUCCCUGCCUGUUUCAUUACAAUACAUUUGUGGAUGGUUGUUUAUUAACACGCGGUCUGUCUGGCAUGUCCUCGGACAGGACCGUGAGGAUGCAGCAGCUGCGAGUUGCGGUGGUGGGCGCGGGAGCUGCAGGUCUGUGUGCCGCACGUCACAUCUUGUCCCGCCCAGACACCUUCGCCCCACCCGUUGUCUACGAGCUCACGGAAUACGUGGGCGGCACAUGGUUCUACGAGGAACGCACCGGUAGCUAUGACAACGGGCUGCCCAUUCACAGCAGCAUGUACAGAGACCUCCGGACCAACCUGCCCAAGGAGGUCAUGAUGUUCCCUGACUUCCCCUUUGACCCCCAGCUGCCCUCCUUCCUGCCACACCAGGAAGUGCAGAAGUAUCUGGAGAGAUACUGCCAGAGCCACUGCAUCACACCACAUAUUAGGUUCAGCGCUGUGGUGGAUGAGGUGAGCCCUGUGGUGACAGAGGGUAAAGGACCAAUGACGACGUGGAAGGUGACCUCACGUGACGUGAAGUCUGGAUCACAGAACACUGAAACUUUUGAUUCCGUGUUCAUCUGCAGCGGGCACUACUCUGACCCCCACAUCCCAUCCAUCCCUGGGCUAGAGCGAUUUAAAGGCAAAGUGAUCCACAGUCACUCAUACCGCCACCCAGAGCCCUUCUCAGGUCAGUCAGUGGUAGUGCUGGGCGCUGGGGCCUCAGGACUUGACAUCUCACUAGAACUGGGUCGAUCCAACGCCCAGGUGACUCUGAGCCACGGUAAGCCCACCCUGCCCUUUCCUCUGCCCUAUGGAGUCCACCAGGCCACCCCUGUGGAGGAGAUCCAGGAGGAUGGGUCUCUGCGGUUCCAGGAUGGGUCCAUUACCCAGGCCCAGGUCCUGCUGCUCUGCACGGGCUACAACUUCAGCUACCCUUUCCUGGAGCCAGCCCGAUUGGGCCUGGAGGUUCAGGAGCACCUGGUAACCCCGCUCUACAGGUUCCUGAUGCCCCCAGCAUUCCCCUCACUCUUCAUCAUAGGCAUCUGUAAAAUAAUCUGCCCCUUCCCCCACUUCCACUGCCAGGUCCAGUUUGCCCUGGCAGUGCUGGAGGGCUCCGUGGCCCUGCCAUCACUGGCUGAGAUGGAAGAGGAGGCCCAGGGAGAGAUGGCGAGGAAGGUGGAGAGGGGGGUGCAGCUCAGACAUAUGCUGAAGAUGGACAAGGAACAGUGGGGUUAUGCCCAGACCUUAGCUCAGACUGGGAGGUUUGCCCCUCUACCCCCAGUCACACAGAGUCUGUAUGAGGAGGUAUGGAGGCAGAGACAGGUUCACCCACAGAACUACCGGCAGGUGAACUAUCGACUCGUCAGUGACACACAGUGGGAGGAACAGGAACUUCAUGCUGGUGAAUGAGGAGGAGAGGAAAGUAGAGGUUAGGAAUAGGAUAGGAGGAGAGGAAAUGUCUGAGCAUCCUUGGAUAAAUGGACAGAAUGAUGUAGGCCUUUCACUGAAAUGUUACAUUACAAUAAAUUAUGUAAAAGUAUGAAAUUUCACCCACAAUCCUUUAGAUAAUGUUAGUAGCCUAGCCUAUAACAAAUGCACCUCACCAGCUUUGUUUUCACUCAUUGUAAACAGAAAACAUGUCAUAUCUCUGUCAGAUUUCUCAAUAUUGAAUUAUUUGUAGGAUAUUUUAUAUCAAUACACUCCUUAAUGAAAUGUUCUAAAUGUAUUUCCAAUGCCAAAAUUGCCAAGCUCCAAGGAAAUAAAAAAAUGCCAUGUAAAUAUUAGAAAA